AGCCACCCUUUGAUUCGAAGAGACGAGUCUCGUUCGGUCGUGGCUUUGGCAAACACACAUCAAAAUAUCGUGAAGAGUUGCAAAAAAAAAAAGGGGUAGUGCUUGGCUAGCUUUCUCCUGGGUUUUUCCACACAAUUUUUUUGACGUUUUUCCAGUUUGGAAGGAAAAGAAAUAUUUCCUCCCAGUCAGCCAUUGUACUGUGAGUUUCUGGUGUGUGUGUGUCUGUGUCAACAAAAAGAGAUAAUUCCAUAUUGUGUGUGGUAAUCUGUUGGCAAACCAUCGUUCGGUUCUACAUGUGUUUUGGGGGUGUCUUUUCACAGCAGCAGCUUCUCAGGUGGAUGAACUCUGAGGCAACUCCAUCGGGAGGACUUGGUCGUGUCAACAACUUACAACAACCAAACUACUAACAACCAUGUCGUUACGCCCACCAUUACCGCAACGAUGGAUUCUGGUCUUAUUGUUGGCCAUCUUGUCCGUUCAGCAAUGCCAGGCCAGCACACUCACCGGCAGCAACAUUUGCACACGUCAAGAAAAAUAUUUCGUGACGGUCAAGAUCUCCUUCUUGCAGCCGUACAAAGUGCGCACCUUCACCACCUGCCUGGCUUUUCCUCCGUGGUGUUCACGCUACACCGUCCACAAUAAAGUGGCGUUCAAAACCGAGUCUGUAGAAAAGAUGCGUGUCUUGGAGGAUUGUUGUUCAGGUUACGCUCGAACGGCUGACAAUAGCAGCUGCGUUCCCAUUUGUGGCCAGCAAUGCCUGCACGGAACUUGCGUGGGACCGGACAACUGCAAAUGCGAGCCAGGAUAUGGCGGACCUACAUGCAACAUUGCUUGCCCGGAGCACAAAUGGGGACCCAAUUGCAGCAAUAGUUGUCCGUGUCUCAAUGGAGCCAAAUGUGAUCCAGUCAACGGCAGCUGCACUUGCACGGCGGGCUGGAAGGGACAACAUUGUGAUUAUCCAUGCCCUAAAAACUAUUACGGCCAAUCCUGCUCGCUAAAGUGCCAGUGCAAGAAUCAAGCCUAUUGUGAUCCAGUUUCAGGAGCAUGCGCAUGUCAACCCGGAUGGAAUGGGCCAUUAUGCGACGAACCUUGUCCAGACGGGACUCACGGACAGAACUGUGCGUCCAGUUGUCGGUGUCAGAACGGCGGCACGUGUAGCCCCAUCGACGGCAAAUGUUUCUGUACCAGCGGAUGGACGGGUGAAGUGUGCGCCAAUCCCUGCCCGGAUGGCACUUGGGGUUCGCAGUGCUCUCAGCGCUGUUCCUGUCACAACAACGCUCGCUGCGACCACAUUAACGGAACCUGCCACUGCUUGCCCGGCUACCGAGGCGAUCAAUGUCAAGAACAAUGCGCACCAGGAAUGUACGGAAAGAACUGCGAAACUCCAUGCAAGUGUUUGAAUGGAGCCAUUUGCAACAUCACGAACGGUUCGUGUGCAUGUACCGAAGGCUGGACUGGCCCCGAUUGCAGCCAAAGGGCAUGUCCUGACAAGCUAUAUGGCCCAGGAUGCACUCAGAUCUGUCCGUGCUCCUCCAAUAAUACUGAAUUGUGCCAUCCGUGGACAGGAGAAUGCAUUUGCAAGCCCGGCUGGGACGGUCAAACGUGCUCAAGACCCUGCCCGACCUACACUUUCGGACUGGGCUGUCGAAACGUCUGCACUUGCAAGAACGAUGCUCACUGCGAUCCCGUCAACGGCACCUGCGUCUGUCUGUCCGGUUAUAUUGGCAAUGAUUGUCAAGAUCAGUGUCCCGAGGGUUUUUACGGACACAAUUGCACCAAUGCCUGCGCUUGUGAAAACGGAGGCAACUGCUCCAAUACGGACGGACAAUGCAAAUGUCCCACCGGAUGGUCCGGUCUCUUGUGCGAAUCUCCAUGCAGGGCCGGCUUUUAUGGCGAGAAUUGUAAGGAGCAAUGCCACUGUAAGAACGGAGCGUCUUGCCAUCACGUGACGGGUGAAUGUUCGUGCAGCGCCGGAUUUAAGGACGACGCAUGCAAUGCCACCUGUCCAGAAGGCCGUUUCGGUUUGAAUUGCGAGGAGACCUGUGAAUGUCAGAAAGGAACAACGAAGGCAUGCGACCCGGUGACGGGCGAGUGCCUCUGUCACGCCAAUUACCGCGGCGUCCGUUGCGAGACUCAGUGCCCCAAAGGUCGAUACGGGCCCGAAUGCCGCUCCAUUUGCCACUGUGAGAAUGACGGAUCGUGCAACACUCUCGGCGAUUGUUACUGUCAACGCGGCUGGACAGGUGAAUUAUGUGAGGAUCGCUGCGAGACAGGUUUUUAUGGAAAGAAAUGCCGGCAACGUUGUCCGCCCUGCGUCAAUGGUAACGGCAAUUGCAAUGCGGUUGAUGGACGUUGUUCUUGCCAGCCCGGUUACCUCGGAAUUCGAUGCGAAGAGCCUUGCCCUAAAGGAAUGUAUGGAGAAGGCUGUCAAAAGAAAUGUAAUCGUUGCAAAAACGGUGCGGAAUGUCAUCACGUCAGUGGCGAAUGCCGUUGUCUUCCCGGCUGGAAAGGAGAAGAUUGUUCUGUCCCUUGUCCGGCCAAUACUUGGGGUAUUGCUUGCGCUCAACGAUGCACAUGUCUGCAUAAUGGAACUUGCCGACCCAACGACGGCCAGUGUCGCUGUCACGACGGUUGGAUGGGUCCUCAAUGCAACGAAAUUUGCCCUGAAGGCUAUUACGGUCAGCAUUGCAUGAGUCAUUGCCAGUGUCCGAAUGAUAAUUUCAUCUGCCAUCCGGCCAGCGGUUGCGUGUGUCGCGAAGGAUUCCGGGGUGAUCAAUGCGACAUUGCCAUUUAUUCGCCAGUGAGUGACAAGAGUCAAUUAGGCGAGCCAAUCGUGCCCGUCAAUCACGGCGGCCUUAUUGGCGGUCUCAUCGUCUCCAUUUUGCUGAUCGUCAUCGUUAUCGGGGCUCUCGUCUACUACCGCCGACGUAUUUCUCAUUUGAAAUCGGAACUGGCUCACGUCCAGUACAUCGCCGAUCCCAGUUCGGCUCCCGAUCGUCAUCAUUUCGACAAUCCAGUGUAUUGUUAUCCGACGGGCGGUGCGAAUGGAAUGGCAGGAGCGACUGGAGCCGUUGGCGGUUUGAAUAACACGCGCAUACGUAACGAUCUCGGAUGCUCUUCCGGAACGAAAAGCAAUCUGACCAAUUUGGAGCGAGCCAAAUUGGGCUCGCUUGAAGAUGACUGUUCAGAAGGAGCUUACGGUGGAUCAGUGUCGAGCACGGCCGAGCUGUACAAGAACCGCGAAGCUGACAUGGCCAAUCCCAACUUGCACAACUUCAACAUUUACCACACGAUCGACGAGGAGAAGGUCUCCAAGAGCGUCGAGCACCUCUACGACGAGAUCAAACACAAGAACAAAGAUUACGAUUCCAGUUUACAGUCGACGAGGCGUACGACCGACUGGACGAUUCACGACCACUUACAGAGGUCCGGCCGCAAUAUUUGCGGAUCGCUUCCGGAUCGCUGGGUUCUCUGGGAGGCCUGGGAUCCUCUCACUCCGUCUUUCCCACCAGCAUCACCGCCUCUACCCUCUCCGCCUCCGCCGCCGGCGAUCAGGCGACAACACCGCUCUCGCUAUCAGUAGGAGGAGGAGGUUUCCGCUCGGAUGGAGGUCGAUCUUCUUCUCCAUCACCGUCGUUCUCGACCACUUCGUCUCUCAGUCUCGAUAGUGCCAAAGUCUAGCAAAAAAAAGUGACAACUUACGAAA